AUGGCAGCGGGUGAGGGAAACAGUCCCCCCGGUGACUCCCCCAAGGCGGAUGGGAGUCCGGGAGAAAAGAAAAAGCCGAUAGUGGAUCAGGCAGGAUUAUCGCUGCCACUCAAAGGCGGUCACCGCGCAGACCCGGCCACGGCCAUACCCGGCCCUCGCGGCCCCUCUGCCGGCCCUGGAGGCCCCGCGGAGGCCCACUCCUCCUCCAUCUCCCAGCGGGAGCGCGGCGACGCACGGCGAUGCCCGGCCCCGAUCGGGCGGUCGGGGCGACGCGCGGCCUGCGACCCGUGCCCCGUGACGGCCCCCGCCGGGUUGGGGGGCGUCGGCGCAGGGCUGCUCCUGCGCCUCUUCGCUUCCUGGCCACACCUGGCGGAGAGCCCCCCGCUCCUCGUGCGGUUGGCCGACUGGCUCCUUUGGUGUCAUCUCAAUCGCUGUGUUCAGCAGGACCGUGGCCUCGGCUCUGCACCUAGCUCCGCAGAGCUAAGGGAGCCCGGCUCUCCUGGCCCAGACGCCCUUGGGUCGGCGCCCGCCAGCUCCGGGCCCUGUGAGUCCCAGCCCUGCCCGCCGAGCGCUUCCGAGCCGACGGACCUCCGCGGGCCCCGGCAGCCCGAGGCCCCGCGGGGCGAGCUGGCAUCGGGAGCGUGGGAGAGGAGCGGGCAGAGGGGCAAACGUGUGCCCCACCUGCACCCCAACCUCUCAGUGCACCCCAUCUGCACCCCCAACCUCUCAGUGCACCCAUCUGCACCCCCAACCUCAGUGCACCCCAACCUCUCAUGUACCCCACCUGCACCCCAACCUCUCAGUGCACCCCACCUGCACCCCAACCUCUCAGUGCACCCCAACCUCUCAGUGCACCCCACCUGCACCCCAACCUCUCAGUGCACCUCACCUGCACCCCCAACCUCUCAGUGCACCCCACCUGCACCCCCAACCUCAGUGCACCCCAACCUCUCAGUGCACAUCACCUGCACCCCAACCUCUCAGUGCACCCCACCUGCACCCCAACCUCUCAGUGCACCCCACCUGCACCCCAACCUCUCAGUGCACCCCACCUGCACCCCCAACCUCUCAGUGCACCCCACCUGCACCCCCAACCUCUCAGUGCACCCCACCUGCACCCCAACCUCUCAGUGCACCCCACCUGCACCCCAACCUCUCAGUGCACCCCACCUGCACCCCAACCUCUCAGUGCACCCUGCUGGCACACAGAGUCAGAAGCAGCUCCCGGGAUUCUGCCUUGCUGCAGCCUUCGCUAGUGGCCUGCCGUCUCUCACCGUGAAGGCUCUGCCCCGCAAACAUGCCCACUGCCCGUACCCCGAGCCCCCCAAACACAACCACUGCCCUGACCCCGAGCCCCCCAAAUACAACCACUGCCCGGACCCCGAGCCCCCCAAACACAACCACUGCCCGCACCCCGAGCCCCCCAAAUACAACCACUGCCCGGACCCCGAGCCCCCCAAACACGCCCAGUGCCCCGACCCCGAGCCCCCCAAAUACAACCACUGCCCGGACCCCGAGCCCCGCAAACACGCCCACUGCCCUGACCCCGAGCCCCCCAAAUACAACCACUGCCCGGACCCUGAGCCCCCCAAACACGCCCAGUGCCCCGACCCCGAGCCCCCCAAACACGCCCAGUGCCCCGACCCCGAGCCCCCCAAACACGCCCAGUGCCCCGACCCCGAGCCUGCCCAGUGCCCAGCCGGCCCCGCGCUCGCCCCCACGCACCCUGCACCCUUGCUUGGCUGGGGGCGCGCGGGGGCCAGGGAAAGGCCCGGGCGUCCCCCGCGGUGUUCCCGCGGUGCGGGUGCCGGGCUCCCAGGGGCUUCCGCCGCCCCGCACUGCCCCGCUGCCUGGCAGCCGGGGUGA